GCAGCCGUGCGGUCCGGCGGCGGAACGGCGGGGGCAGCGCCGGUAACGGACGCAGGAGCAACAAUGGAUUGGCCCCAACAAAGAUGCAGCAGGUGUUGGGAGAAGACAUCCCAUCUGAAAUGGAGGUGAUCGAGGGAGCUGAACGCUGACUGCACCAACAUGGGGUUGCGACUGUUGGCUUGUCUUUUUCAUUUGCCCACUGCAGUGAUCUACGGGUCCCUGUCACUGUUUGUUUCCAUUUUGCACAACGUGUUCCUCCUGUACUACGUGGACACCUUUGUCUCCGUUUACAAGAUUGAUAAGCUGUCCUUCUGGAUAGGAGAGACAGUGUUUCUGAUCUGGAACAGCCUCAAUGACCCUCUGUUUGGCUGGCUGAGCGACCGGGUGUUCCUUAGCACACAACAGCCAGGAGCAGAGAUUUCUUCCCCAGAAGUAGUUCUGAAGAGGCUCAAAGCUCUAAGCCACAAUGGCCCCCUCUUUGCCAUCUCAUUUCUGGCUUUCUGGGUUGCCUGGGCUCAUCCUGGUUUGCAGUUCCUUCUUUGCCUUUGCAUGUACGACAGCUUUCUCACCAUGGUCGACCUCCACCACAAUGCCUUGCUCGCAGACCUGGCUGUCUCAGCAAAAGACAGGACUAGCCUCAACUUCUACUGCUCCCUCUUCAGUGCCGUAGGCUCCCUCUCUGUCUUCAUGUCCUAUGCAGUGUGGAACAAAGAGGACUUCUUUUCCUUUCGCAUAUUUUGCGUCGUACUGGCUCUCUGCUCCAUCAUUGGUUUUACGCUGUCCACACAGCUGCUUCGCCAGCGGUUUGAGGCUGAUGGGAAAGCAAAAUGGGACCAAGAAUCAACCCUAAAAGAGCUGUACAUCGAAAAACUCUCCGUCCCCCAGGAGAAGAGGAUCACCCUGGCAGAGUAUCUCCAGCAGCUCUCCCGGCAUCGCAACUUCCUCUGGUUUGUCUGCAUGAACCUUGUCCAGGUUUUUCACUGCCACUUUAACAGCAACUUCUUCCCUCUGUUCCUGGAGCACCUGCUGUCAGACCAGAUCUCUGUCUCUACUGGAUCCUUCCUGCUUGGUGUUUCCUACAUUGCCCCCCAUCUCAACAACCUCUACUUCCUGUCCCUCUGCCGCCGCUGUGGGGUUUACGCCGUGGUGCGAGGCCUCUUCUUCCUGAAGCUGGCUCUCAGCGUUGUCAUGCUCCUGGCAGGACCUGAUCAGGUGUAUCUGCUCUGCAUCUUCAUUGCCAGCAACCGGGUGUUCACAGAAGGGACCUGUAAGUUGCUCAACCUGGUGGUGACUGACUUGGUGGAUGAGGAUCUAGUCCUGAACCGUAGGAAGCAGGCGGCCUCUGCACUGCUCUUUGGGAUGGUGGCUCUGGUCACCAAGCCAGGCCAGACCUUCGCCCCUCUGAUCGGCACCUGGCUGCUCGGCGCGUACACAGGUAAGGGAGCUCCUGGGGAGGGCGUCAGGGCAGGAGAGGGCAAACCGGUGUGUUCAGUGUCCUCCACCACAUCCUGUGCCCUGGGUGGGUGUGGAAAGCUUUUCCAGUUGCUAAGCUGUUUCUGGUUUCUGCCUCUCCAAGGCCAGUCGCUCAGAGAAGGUGGACAAGGGUCCAUCCCCACUGUCCCCAGUCUCAUAAACUCUUCUCUGACACCAGGCUACGACAUCUUCCAGCGCAACCCCUUGAGCAACGUGGUGAGUGCCCAGCCAAAGCUGGAGUCUGCUGCAGUCUUGGAGCCAACUCUUCGCCAGGGCUGCUUUUACCUCCUCGUCUUCGUACCCAUCACAUGCGCCCUGCUGCAGCUCCUCAGCUGGUCGCAGUUCAGCUUGCGUGGGAAGCGCCUGCAGAUGGUGAAGGCUCAGCGCCAAAGCCUGACGCAAGGCCGAGCACCAGAGGUCAAAACAAUUUAAGGGUGCCUGAGCCCCUGGGGCGUUGCUGGUUCCGGACUGGUGCAGGAUGGCAGGUUAAGCGCAGGGAUGGCGGGCUGAGAAGCCCCUGAUGUUUACAGUCCAACUGUGAAAUGCUGUAAUGCCAAUGUUUACUCAUUCCAGGAGGUGGUCGCUGGGGAAGGCAGAGAAGUUCAGUGUAUGAGGGGCCCGGGAGAGAUCGCUUGGCCACAGGAGCAAGAAUAUUUUAUGCUAGCCUGUCCCAAGGGAGCAGAGGGCUGCUCGUCCCAGCAGGGAGGUGCUGGGUUGCCAUGUGUGCUGGAGACAGCCCCAGCCCUGGUGCAUUGCUCUGCCCUGGGGAACCGCAGCCUCUGGCUGAGCAGGAGGGGACUGCGCAGGGUAUCCUUCCUUGCUACAGCCCUGCAGCUUUGGGGAGUGGAGUGGGAGGCUCCUGAGGGACCAAGUGACAGAGGGGGUGAUUGCAAGACAGCAGCAGCAGGGAUGGGAGGACCCUGAAGGCCUUUCCCAGCAGCUGGUACAACCUCUCCCACAUACAGUGCUGCGGUUCUUGGACCAAAUUCACUCUUAAGCAUUUCUUGUUCCCAGGACAAUAUCCAGCACAGCCAGGGGCUGCUGUGCUUGUUUUAUGCUGAGGCUCCUGCCUUCGUGGCCUUGCCGAGGGAGUUGUUGUGGGUCUGGGAAAGGCGCUGGGCUUGAACUGGCCUCAGAGCCUUGAACUGGAACAUCUCAUCUGGUGUCUCAGUGCCUGUGUUUAUCCCUCCACAGCCCCUUCCAGCCAGCGCUGUCCCACAGCUGUGCUGGGAUCCAACCCCUAACCCAGCUGCUGGAAGUGAAGCAGGCCAGCGCCUUCCCCUCCUGCAGAGGGAGAACACAACCUGGAGGUGACACCAGGUCUUGCUUUUGUGCCUUCGAUUCCUCUUUGGAGCCUGACAGUGCUGGGCAGUCAGUUGAGAUUUUGCCUCUGUGGGGAGAGGUGGACACCUCAGUUCCUCCCCCCUUGUUUGAAAUGGUGCCCCAGAGUUUGAUCAUCUCCUCUGGCUGCCGAGCCGUGGACCCAAGGAGAGCAGGCAGUUUGGGCUCCCUGGUUCUGUCUGGGAGCAGAUGGUGUCUCCUCCCUCCCUGCUCUGGGGGCAGGCAGAAGCUCUGCCCAGGAUGUGCCUGCAGUAGGAGAUGAUGUGCAGGCAGCGACUGAGAGCCAUUGAGUGCUCCGGCUGCUGUUCUUUGUUUAGUGCCAGGUUCCCUCUGGGGUCUCAGCCCACAAACCUGCCAUCCUGCCUCAGGACACAGCUGCCUUCUGUCUUGGAGCAAGAUGUUCCUGCCGCAAGCCUUCUCUAGUUCUCGAUGGUUCAAUCAUAAGUUAUUUGCACGACUUCUAACAAAGUUUGAGAACAAGUCUUCAUUUCAUAAAUUAAAGAUGAUCUUUUCUGUA